AUGAGCAACAUCGACUUGAAUUUGUCUCACCUCGAUGAGCUCAACAGAACAACAGCAAUCGUCACUGGCGCAGCCGGUGGUAUAGGUGGCGAGAUAGUGCGACUUUUGGUUGCUAAUGGCUCCAAUGUCGUGAUGGCAGACUUGGCUCAUUGCGAAAAUGACGCUAAUUCCCUCAUCGCCUCACUUCCACAUCCGACUCGGGCACAUUUCGUGCCGACCAAUAUCACGAAAUGGGAUCAGAUCACCACCCUCUUUCGAACAGCGAAAGAUAAAUUUGGCAGCGUUGAGGUUGUAAUCGCCAACGCAGGCGUCAUGGAGAAAAGCCCUAUACUUGAUGUAGAGAAGGUUGACCAGCACGGCAACUUGGCAGAGGACAAUGAAUUCUCCAAGGUCAUCGAUAUAAAUAUCAAGGGAACAAUGAAUACACUCCGGCAAGCGAUAUUCCAUAUGAAGGAUAACAAGCCCACUUUCUCUGACGGCUCUCGGGGAUCGAUACUUCUUGUUUCCUCGACAUCAGGAUACUUUGGGGGUACUGGUGUCACUGGUUACAUUACUUCGAAACAUGGCGUAACUGGUAUGUUACGCGGCUCGCAGCUGGCAGCAAGCAAGCACCUCCUUCGAAUCAAUGCCGUAGCCCCAUUUGUCACACCAACGGCCAUGUCUUCUGGGUUUGCCACAGCUUGGAAAAAAAGUGGCCUGCCCAUGAACACGAUGGAGGCUGUUGCUCGGGUCAUUGCUGUAUUAGCCGCGGAUCCCUUGCGCCGCGGCUCUUGCUAUUUGACUUGUGGACCGAUUAUACGAGAAGUGGAGACUAGCCAGAAAAGCCUAAUGGGGGAAUGGCUCGGUAAUGACUUCGUGGAAUUGAUGGCGUCGGCCAGCCGCUUUUUUGCAGACCAAGGCGGCUAUACUUUGCCUAAGCUAAUCGCCUUGGAUAGUUCAGACACCACUGGAGACCGAGCUAAAUGA